AUGGUCUAUCAGAAGAAACUUGUGGAUGAGGUAUCUGGCUGGCUAAAAAUCUUCGACGAUGGCUUGGUGGACAGGACAUGGACCGGACCCCCUGAGGUCAAGUUCAUGACAGAGUCAGUGCCUCCUCAUGAGGAAUUCAUUGACGGUGUUGCCGUACGUGAUGUCACCGUAGAUGAAAAGUCUGGCCUUAGUGUCAGAAUUUAUCUACCCCAACAUGAACCUGACAAUACAGAUAUUAACAAUAAGCUUCCCAUAAUUGUCCAUUUUCAUGGGGGUGGUUUUUGCAUUAGCCAAGCUGAUUGGUAUAUGUAUUAUUACAUAUACUCUAGGCUUGCUAGGUCAGCUCCAGCAAUUGUUGUCUCGGUCUACUUAAGGCUAGCCCCUGAGCAUCGCCUCCCAGCUGCAAUUGAUGAUGGGUUCUCUGCCCUCAUGUGGCUUCGUGCAUUAGCACAAGGACAUGACUCUUAUGAGCGAUGGCUUAAUAAUUAUGGAGAUUUCAACAGGGUUUUUCUUAUUGGAGAUAGCUCGGGAGCCAACUUGGUGCACCAUGUGGCUGCACGUGCUGGUCAAGUGGGUUUGAGUCCGAUGAGACUUGCCGGAGGUAUUCCAGUCCAUCCGGGAUUUGUCCGGUCAGAGAGGAGUAAAUCCGAGAUGGAGCAACCAGAAUCACCAUUCUUAACCCUAGACAUGGUGGACAGGUUCUUGAAGUUGGCAUUGCCAAAAGGGAGUACCAAGGACCACCCUUUUACGUGUCCGAUGGGGCAUGCAGCGCCUCCGCUGGACGGCCUUAAUCUGCCACCGUUCUUGCUUUGCGUGGCGGAGACUGACUUGAUUAGGGACACUGAGAUGGAGUACUAUGAAGCCAUGAAAAAGGCUAAUAAGGAUGUGGAGUUGCUAAUUAAUCCUGGAGUGGGUCACAGCUUUUAUCUUAACAAGAUUGCAGUUGAUAUGGACCCACAUACAGCUGCUCAAACUACUAGCCUAAUGGAAGGGAUCAUAGAGUUCAUCAAGAAGCACUAA